AGGAGGGGCAGCUGUGAGAGAAGAAGAUCGGUGCGUGUGUGUGUGUGUGUGUGCGUGUGACGGAGACACAGAAAGAGAGGCUGGGCUGGUCUUACAACAAGACCCGAGAGCACUGCGCCCCUCUCAAUCUCUCACCUACAGAGGCUAGCUCAGCAGAGGCAGGGGUACGGGUUGUUCCUCACCUGAGAGAAAUUCUCCCGUCGCCGAUUCGUUAGGAGCAAGGGGAUCGGAGGAGGGGUGGACCCCAGCAUCCUUCCCACCCCAAGUGCACGCCAGGUCCCUUGCGGUUUCGGAUCAGAUUCGCACCCACCGCUCCACCAUCUCCGCUGCUGUUUCUUUCUCUCCUUCCUCCCAUCUCUCUUUCUCCCCGCUGUCACUUUCCCACUCUCCCUGCUUCUGUUUAUCCUGCUCAGUCCCUAUUGUUUUUCUCUCUCUCUCUCUCUCUCUCUGCUUCCUCCCAUCUCUCUUUCUCCCCGCUGUCACUUUCCCACUCUCCCUGCUUCUGUUUAUCCUGCUCAGUCCCUAUCGUUUUUUUUUCUCUCUCUCUCUGCUUCCUCCCAUCUCUCUUUCUCCCCGCUGUCACUUUCCCACUCUCCCUGCUUCUGUUUAUCCUGCUCAGUCCCUAUCGUUUCUCUCUCUCUCUCUCUCUGCGCUUCCUCCCAUCUCUCUUUCUCCCUGCUGUCACUUUCCCACUCUCCCUGCUUCUGUUUAUCCUGCUCAGUCCCUAUCGUUUCUCUCUCUCUCUCUCUCUCUCUGCUUCCUCCCAUCUCUCUUUCUCCCUGCUGUCACUUUCCCACUCUCCCUGCUUCUGUUUAUCCUGCUGUGUCUAUUUUGUUUAUCUCUCUCUCUUUCUUUGCGUCCUUCCACCUUUCUCUUUCCUGGCUGUCACUUUCCCACUCUCACUGCUUCUGUUUAUCCCCCUCUGCCUCUAUCGUUUCUCUCCUGUCUCUCUCUUUCGCCCGUUCCUCCGUGCUGUUUCUCUCUCCCAUCUCCACCUCCCCCUCCACACCCCGUGCAACAUGACAGAGCAGCUGAGCGAGUGUAACAUCAAGGUAAUGUGUCGGUUCCGACCCCUCAAUCACUCGGAGAUACUGAGAGGAGACAAGUUCAUCCCCAGGUUCCAGGAUGAUGACACAGUGGUCAUUGCGGGUAAAUCAUUUGUCUUCGACCGUGUCUUCCCGACCAACACCACACAGGACCAGGUCUACAACGCCUGUGCCAGGCAGAUUGUCCGAGAUGUCCUGGGAGGCUACAAUGGAACUAUAUUCGCCUACGGACAGACAUCUUCUGGGAAAACCCACACCAUGGAGGGAGUUCUCCACGACACCCACUUGAUGGGGAUAAUUCCAAGAAUCGCGCACGACAUCUUCAACCACAUUUACUCCAUGGACGAGAAUCUGGAGUUCCACAUCAAGGUCUCCUAUUUCGAAAUCUACAUGGACAAGAUCAGGGAUCUGCUGGAUGUUGCCAAGACAAACCUUUCCGUUCACGAGGACAAGAACAGAGUUCCCUUCGUCAAGGGCUGCACAGAACGGUUUGUCUCCAGCCCAGAGGAAGUGAUGGAUGUCAUCGAUGAAGGGAAAUGUAACCGUCACGUCGCUGUGACAAACAUGAAUGAACACAGCUCUCGCAGUCACAGCAUUUUCCUGAUCAACAUUAAGCAGGAGAAUGUGGAAACCGAGCAGAAACUCAGCGGGAAGCUGUACCUGGUAGACCUGGCGGGGAGUGAGAAGGUCAGCAAGACGGGGGCCGAAGGCGCUGUGCUCGAUGAGGCCAAGAACAUCAACAAGUCUCUCUCUGCCCUGGGUAACGUCAUCUCUGCCCUGGCAGAGGGUACGAAAACCCACGUACCGUACCGAGACAGCAAGAUGACCCGAAUUCUCCAGGACUCUCUGGGUGGGAACUGCAGGACCACGAUCGUCAUCUGCUGCUCACCGUCCAGUUUCAACGACGCAGAGACCAGAUCCACCCUGAUGUUUGGCCAAAGGGCGAAGACCAUCAGGAAUACUGUGUCUGUGAACCUGGAGCUGACAGCUGAGGAGUGGAAGAAAAAGUAUGAGAAGGAGAAAGAGAAGAACAAGGUUCACAGGGAGACCAUUCGCCGUCUAGAGACUGAGCUCAACCGGUGGCGCAAUGGAGAGAACGUUCCAGAGAGUGAGCAGCUACCCGAGGAAGAGGAAGGGGAGGAGGAGGACGGGGAAGCGACCUGCGAGAUCCCCGCUGUGGUCCCCGACAACUCAUCCAUCGUCAUCCACAUCUCUGAUGAGGAGAGGCAGAAGUACGAGGAGGAGAUACGCAAACUGUACAAGCAUCUGGAUGACAAGGACGAUGACAUUAACCUGCACAGCCAGAUCGUGGACAAACUGAAAUGCCAGAUGUUGGAUCAGGAUGAGUUGCUGGCCUCCACGCGGAGUGACAACGAGAGGUUCCGGGAGGAGCUGAGCCGCCUGCAAAUGGAGAAUGAGAGCGCCAAGGAUGAGGUGAAGGAGGUGCUACAGGCCCUGGAGGAACUGGCUGUCAACUACGAUCAGAAAUCACAGGAGGUCGAGGAGAUGAGCAAACAAAAUCGGCUGCUGACCGACGAGCUGACCAAGAAAAUGACGACGCUGAUCACACUUGAAGCUGAACUACACCACGCUCAGGAGCUGGGAAACCACCAGAAGAAACGAGUUGGUGAAGUGCUCAACUCCUUACUCAAAGAUCUCAGCGACUUCAACAACAUCAUCGGACACGGUGACUGGAAAGUGCCGGUGGAGUUGAACGGUGCUCUGGAAGAGGAGUUCACAGUGGCGCGGCUGUACAUCAGUAAGAUGAAGUCGGAAGUGAAGACCCUGAUGAAGCGAUGCCAACAGCUGGAAGACAUACAGACUGAGAGUAACCGCAAGGUGGAGGAGAACUGCAGAGAGCUCGCCUCCUGCCAGCUCCUCAUCUCCCAGCAUGAGGCGAAGAUCCGUUCCCUGACAGAGUGCCUGCAGCACCUGGAGAUCCGGAAGAGACAGCUCGAGGAGGCCUAUGAUGCCCUGAAUGAAGAUAUGGUCAGGCUCCAGGCACAGGAGACGGUGAGUGGAGUCACUGCAAAAGAUAAGGGCCAGGAGGAUGAGUUGGAUGAAAGUGAAGAUGUGAAGAAGGUUCUGGAACAGCAGAUGGAGAGCCAUCGCGACGGACACCAGAAACAGCUGGCUCGCCUCAGAGACGACAUCGAGGAGAAGCAGAAAACCAUUGACGAGCUAAAGGAUUUGAACCAGAAACUGAAGCUGGAGCUGGAGAGGCUGAAGGCUGACCACGAGAAGCUGAAGAAUGACCAGAGGGAGAAAAGCAAAAAGCUUCAGGAGCUCACAUUUCUGCAUGAUCGGCACGAGCAAUCCAAACAGGAUCUUAAAGGUCUCGAGGAGACUGUGGCACGAGAACUGCAGACUCUACACAACCUACGCAAACUUUUUGUUCAAGACCUCACGACCAGGGUCAGAAAAAGCACAGAGAUGGAACCUGACGACAGCGGGGGGAGCGUCUCCCAGAAACAGAAGAUCUCAUUUCUUGAGAACAACUUGGAUCAGCUUACAAAGGUUCACAAACAGGUGAUGCGUUGGCACAAUCAGCUGGUUCAUGAUAAUGCAGAUCUUCGCUGUGAGCUCCCUAAGCUGGAGAAACGACUUCGAGCUACAGCUGACCGGGUCAAGGCGCUGGAGGGUGCACUGAAGGAGGCUAAGGAGGGUGCCAUGAAGGACCGUCGGCGCUACCAGCUGGAGGUCGACCGCAUCAAGGAGGUUGUGCGCUCGAAAAACACUCCACGGCGUUCACACUCCGCCCAGAUCGCCAAACCAGUCCGUCCGGGAUAUCACGCAGCCUGCUCCCCAGUCAGCACCCACGGGCUCCACCAUCCAAAUACCUGCACCUACAGCAACACGCUGUUUCAGACCUGCCACCCCAUGUAUGUACCAGGACUGGUGGAACACACCGGAGACAGAUACGCUCCAAGUGGCAGCUGUUCGAGUGGGUCAGGGUCAUCCAGAGACAGCUUCCGUGUGUGCCCGAGACAGAUGUCGGACAACGGAAAUGCAACUGACAUCAAUGAUAACAGGUGAGUGAGAUCUUCAGUACAGUCUGUAUCCCCCGCUGUCACGGUGCCCCUGUGAACCGUACUCCAGACCAGGCAACAUCCUGGUAAAUCUCCUCUGCACCGUUUCCAAAGCUUCCACAACCUUCCUGUCACGGGGCGACCAGAACUGCACGCAAUAUUCCAAAUGAGGCCGCACUAGCGUUUUGUACAGUUACGGCUCCGCAACACAAUCCCUCUACCAAUAAAACCUAACACGCUGUAAGCCUUUUUAACAGCGCUAUCAACCUGGGUGGCAACUUUCAGGGAUCUAUGGACAUGGACACCAAGAUCCCUCUGCACUUCCACACUACCAAGAAUCUUUCCAUUGACCCGGUAUUCUGCCUUCCUAUUAUUCCUCCCAAAGAGAAUCACCUCACAUUUAUCCAUAUUAAGCUCCAUUUACCACCUUUCAGUCCAAUUCUGCAGUUUAUCCAAGUCUCCCUGCAACCUGUAACAUUCUUCCACACUCUCCACCACUCCACCGACUUUAGUGUCAUCUGCAAACUUACUAACCCAUCCACCUAUGCCUGCGUCCAAGUCAUUUAUAAAAAAAUGACAAACAGCAGUGGUCCCAAAACAGAUCCUUGACUCCAGGCUGAAUAUUUUCCAUCAACCACCGCUCAUUGACUUCUUACAGAAAGCCAGUUUCUAAUCCAAACUGCUAAAUCUCCCUCAAU